UGGCUGAAGGAUCCCGGUCCCCGCAAUGAGAAGAGGACCCUUUUCUGCGACAUGGUGUGUUUUCUGUUCAUUACUCCUUUGGCGGCGAUCUCCGGCUGGCUGUGUCUGCGCGGAGCCCAGGAUCAUUUGCAGUUCAACAGCCGACUGGAGGCCAUCGGACUCAUAGCACUAACUAUAGCACUUUUUACAAUCUACGUCCUUUGGACGCUGGUUUCGUUCCGCUACCACUGCCAGCUGUACUCGGAGUGGCGAAGGACCAACCAGAAAGUCCGCUUGAUGAUCCCAGCCUCACGGAGCCCUCACCCCCUGCCCCACUCCCUCCUCUCCGCCAAGCUCAUGAAGAAGACUGCGGAUGAAACUACGGUCUGA